AUUUGUUCGUUCAGGUGCAGGAGGAACGUCCUGAAGGAGAUCUCGGUUCAGUGAUGCUGUCCGUGAGAUGCAGCUCUCUGCGUGCGCACCGAACACAAAGUGUGAGUAACCAGCUACUCAGUACAGCUUUCUUACGUUUGAAUGCUUUAAACUCUAUCAAAUGUUUAAACUGGCAAGGUUUAAAAACACGUGAACAUGAAAAGCUUUCGUGACGACACGCAGCAGCGGCCUGUCAACUGUCCUGAGCAUCUUUUGAAGCUGGCUUCAAAAAAAAUGUACCCUUAUGAUUGUCUUGUGUUCCCGGGUGACAUUUGAGAAAUGAGGAAGGGACUGUUAUUAUUAGCUGGCAACAAUAUCCUUUGGAAGCAAUGCAUGCUGUUCCACAUUGUGAAAUACCUGGGUCAUGAUCAAACAGAGUCAUAUGACAGAGUCAUCAUUAAUGCUGCUGAGUGUCAUGUGUCUGAAAACAUCUGCAAAUCACCCUCACCCUCACUUAUUAUUCUGAUUUCUGAAGAUCAUGUGACACUGAAGACUGGAGGAAUGAUGCUGAAAAUACAGCGGAGCAUCACAGAAAUAUAAGAAAUAAAAUAUGAAAAUAAUAAAAUCUAAUACAAAAAGCCCUAAAUAAAUCAAAGUGCAUUAGUCUCAAAUGAAAGUGAUGAACAUUGGUUUAAGGGCUGAUAGAGCAGAACUAGACUCAGUUUGUGGGAUAAUAAACAGUGAAUGUGAUAUUAAAGCAUUGAUCUCUCCAUGGUCUCCGAGCUGAUGCUGAUUUGAGCUCUUGAGAUGGAGAAGCAGGCGUGGAUUCUGGACUGAGAUGAGGAAGUCCUGGAUGUGUUAAAUGCAGUGAGAUCAGCUGAAGAUCAGAUAUCUGGGCUGGAAACAUGAAGACGCUGCUGGCUUUGUGUUCGGUGCUGCUUCUGACUGGAAGAUGCUCGGCACAAACACCACAAAAAUGCCAAACUCCACGGCUGCUGUCUGGCUCUAUGAGCUUGAGCACUCAAGAUGGCCAGGUCUGGGCAGUGGCCAAAUAUAUUUAUGAUGCUUUGGGCCAGCGCAUCCGUUUAUGGGAGACAGGUCAUGUUCAGAACAAAUCUUUGUAUGUGGAUUUACUGUUCCUGUUUAAAAAGGGUGUGGUUUAUACCAUCGACGACAGGAACCAGACGUGUCAGAAGAAUCCUCUCAGUGACCAGUUCCACCCCUUCCACAUUCCCCAUAAUGCCUCGCUGCAGUCGCAGGUGAUUCUGGGAGGAUCCUCAUCACGUAAGGAAGGUCUGCUGGUCAACACCUGGAAGGGAGAUGUACCUGAGAUCGGAGGUAAAUAUCUGGCCACAGUCACAGAGUUCGGUUGCUUCCCAGUGUCCAUGCUGUACUACAGUGCAAGGACUGGAUGGAUCGCCACAACCUAUUUUAAUGCGGUGAAGGGGAUUGGGGACCCGGAGCAGUUGAAUCCUCCUCCGUUCUGCCCUGCUGCAGAGACUGAAGAUCAGAAACUCGAUUUCUUCAGCGCCUUCUUCUGAGGAAUCUGUUUAACACGCUGUAGCGCUGGCACUGAAAUCACAUGCUAUGAUUUGAACUAUUCUAAACUCUAUUCUACUCUAAAGCACUUUCGUCGCUUACAAAAGGGAAUAUAAACUUUCCUUUGUCUCAAAAACUAAAUCUGAAACUUCGUUCUAGCAUAAGAUUUCUGGAUUUUUUUUUUUUUUUUAAAUUUACAUUUACACUUUAGAUUUAUGCAUUUGGCACAAAUCUUACAAAUGUAUGCAUUUGUUUUAUCAAGGUCUCUGCAUGCAUUUUUCUAGGUCUGAAGGAACAAGACUUUCAAUGUGCAGAAUGUUUUUUCGGGCUCCGCUGUGUAUAUGUGCGGGAGCAGGAUAUAACAUCAGACACCAGGGUUUCCCUUCAUUUAUCACAACAUGGAUUCUGAUGUGUUUGUACUGUGUCUUUUGCAACGGCGUAGAAAAAAACAUUGUUUUAUAUUGUACUCUGUCUCUAUAUAUACACACUAAGCAAUAAAAACGCUAAAAUGUGUCCGCAA